AUGGCCAGCAGUGUAGGAUGUGAACCGGGCUCCUCGAGAACGCGACUGCAGUGGGUCAGCCGUUGCCCCGUGUCGGGCAGUAAUUCACCAGCUAACGUAACAGCAGCAGGUGAACUCGUCGACCCUGCGAACGUAAACAGCGGUGUGGGCCGCGGCAGCAGUAACAGAGGCGUCGCCAGCCAUGAAGGCCGCGCUCGCAGCGAGUGUCCUCCUGCUGCUGCUGGUGGUACUGCAGGCGCGUGCAGAGGAGCCCGAAGUGUGUACUCCUGGCGAUACGACGACGAAAGACUGCAACGAUUGUUUCUGCAUCGACAGUGGACAAUGGAUGUGCACUCUCAGGAUAUGCGGCAAGCACAAAAGACAGGCGAGAUGCCCGCCUGGGACUACGUUCUUGAGGAAGUGCAGCAGGUGCGUCUGUGACGAUGACGGAGAAACGGCCAAGUGCACCAGGACAUGCCCUGGCAAAUAGAAUGGAAUCGUCUCAGCACUCAUCCAUGGAGCGUCCAGUCUAGCUGACAGACCACAGGACACCCUCGGGGCACACAGCUUUGUCCUUCCUGAUGACGUAAUCAGUAUAUAGGAGAAACUGGAAAAUGACGGUUUUGGCAGUGCAUCGAAAAUUAAAUUCUGUUAACUUUA